CAAUAAAAAAGUAGUCAGAAGUUCACAAUUUCUUCAUGGAUCUUGUUAGAUUUCUUUUAUAUUAAAUAAUAUGAUUUUAUAAUUUAUUUUAUUUUUAAAAUGAUAUAAAUGAAGGAAAAUUAUAUUUUCUGAAAUAAAAUUAAAAUAUGGUAAGGAUAAUCUUGUAUUUUCAAAACAACUUUUCGCAGAAGCUCCAAAUCGGAGCUUCUGCUUUUAUGUCAUACAAAAGCGCUUUUCGGCUUUUCAAAAGCUGAGCUUUUAGAGGUAUUUGGCCCUGCUUCAACUUUUGAAGGCGAAAAACACUUCUAAAAGCCGGGCCAAACAUGGGCAGUGUCCGUGUAUUCUUCAGACUAGGCUAAACGCAUACGUAUGUGCGUGUAUUAUAAUACUGCAUGCAUGAGGAAUCCCAAAGGAAAAAAAGAAAGCUUUGCUUUUAUCCUCUACUGCUGCAAAAUUCCACGUACGGUCCCUUUAAGCCACGCCUGUGAGCUGGAAAAAUAAACUGAAGAAGCGCGAUAGGCUUACUCUUAGCUCAUCACGAAACAGACAGUGGAUAUAUAUGGUCCAUGCAUACGUUGCUGCAUCUCUCUCUCUCUCUCUCUCUCUCUCUCUCUCUCUGUGUUUAUUCCAUAUUCACCUACAGCUGCAUGCUGCAAAUUGCUGCUUUGCAUUUUGGCCUCCAGCAGGCCGGCCUACUAUUUUGAUUCGCGCCCGACCACAGCGAACGUAAUACAUAUGGGUUCGUCGAUAUAUCGGAAUCUUAUUUUUGCAGUGCAGGAUUGGUCCCGCAGAGAGAUUGGUUCAUAUCUCGAUAUAUAUAUAUCCCUUUCAGAAGAAAUAUGCUCGGCCAUGCAAAUGCAAUGCAAGCUUUCAGAAGUCAGAACCAAACAAAACAGAAAAAAAGGUGUCCAACAGGAAUUUGGAUGUAAUGAUUGUGGGGCAAAUUGACAGAGGAAGUGGAGAAAAGAAGCAGCGAGCAACGGAUCGGAGGAGGAAUCACAUUUAUUAACCUUUUAACAUAACCUCAAACCAAGGCGUUUUUUUACGUUGCCUAACCCCAUGAAAACAGUGCCCUAACGCCACGUCCCACACUUGACGAGAUUCCUAUCCUAGCCAAAUUCAUUGCACCAAAUCUGACUUACUGUUUGUUAUCACAAGCCAAUCGUAUAAUUAUGCCUUUUUUCCCCUCCGCCGGCCGGCCGUACUCCUCGAGAAUCAUAUUAUCCGAUCUCCAAUCCCUCCAAUCCCAACCCAAAUUCUAUCCAACUUUUCUGUUAUUCUUUAACGUAGCUUUUUUUCUCUUCUCUUCUUGGUUAAGCGUAUUGCAUACUUUCCCUUUCCCUAUAUAUACCUCCACUUCCCCUCCCCGCUUCCACACAAACCAAAUUCAACCGAUCGAUUCACAAGUUCGUAGUCGACUAUUCACUGUUCCAUUGCCUAGUGCUCAUCAUCCUUCACAACCCAUUAAUUCCUCAGACGUACUCUACUCGACAAGGCCGGAAAGAAAAUGGAUCGAGUGUUCCAACUGGCGGCGGAGAGGCCGGUGGUGGUGUUCAGCAAGAGUAGCUGCUGCAUGUGCCACACCAUCAAGACCUUGUUCUUCGACUUUGGUGUCAACCCCACCGUCUACGAGCUCGACCAGAUCCCCGGUGGCCGGGAGAUCGAGCAGGCCCUGGCUCGACACGGUGUUGCCGGUGACUUUCCUGUGGUGUUCAUCGGCGGGAACCUUGUCGGCGGUGCCAAUGAGAUCAUGACCCUUCAUCUCAAUGGUUCCUUGUCUGCCAUGCUCAAACGAGCUGGUGCGUUGUGGCUCUGAUCAUAUCAUGAGUCAAAUUUUGGAUAACUUUACUAUGCAUAAUGGAGUCUUUUUUUCUUUCUACUUCUUCUUCUUCAUUAGUCAUCGUAAUAAUGACGACGACGAUGAUGAUAAAACCUCUGCUAUUUUGGCUAAGCAUAGCAGAGGGAACUAAAAUGUAUACUUAUGAAUGUACGUAUAGAGAUUUCACGAAUUAGGCUUUUGCAGUGCUUUAUAAUGUAAUGCCUAAUGAUGAAUCUCACAACUUUUUGUAAUAUCUCUAUCUACAUUAUCUACUGCUAAUAUAUAAUAAAGUUUGAUGAGAGCCUUUUAUAUCUUCUUGUGGCUGUUCAUGAGUUGUUUGAUUGGUUUUCAUGAGAUUCAACUAGCUAUAACUAGCUACUUACGCAUAAUUCAAAUUGGGUAUUAACAAAAUGUAUUAAGAAUUUUCAAGAUCUUGUUUGAUAUACCAAAUUAAUUGCCUUUGUAAUUAAUAGUUGUAUAAAAAAUACAUAAUGAUCACCUCUAAUUAGGGAUGGCAAUGGGUCGGGUUUGAGCGGAUUGUACUAAACCCAUCCCAUACUCAUUUUCAAUUAUCAAAUCCAUACCCUCCCCAUCCCCAUGCGGGGCGAGAUUUUGCAUCCCCAUCUCCAGUGGCGGAUUCAGAAAAUUUUCACAGGGGUGUCCUCUUCAAAAAUUAAAUUAAAUUAUAUAAUAAAUUAAAUAAUUCGUAUAUUAAAAAUAUCAUACUUGUAUAAUUUGUAUAAUUUUUUUAUUAAAUAAUAAAUUAAAAUUCAUAUUUUGAAAAAAAAUAUAAAUAAACUCCGUGUCUGCACUAUUCAAAAAAAUCUACACAUCUUACUAGACAAUACUUCACGAGCUUAUCACAUAUUCGAUUUCUAACCUUGUUCUUAAUGUAGCUCAAAGUAGAAAAGACUCUUUCAACACUUGCCGUGUAACCAUAAAAUCAAUUCAAAAUUAAGGGUAGCGUGUACGCAGUUUAAUUAUUAGGUAUUGAAAAUAGUUGGGGAUAAAGAAAUAGUGUUUUACUGAUGCAUGAUGUUUAAAUAGAAUAACAAAUGAGUAGCAACAUAAUUAGAAUAUGUUUGAUAAUAGUAGUGUCCUAGGUUGGAAUAACACGGACUACCACUUAUAUUUUGUUAAUCAUAAGCAAACUAUUAUCGAGGGUAGGAUAAUCAUUUUUUCAAAUGUUAGGGUGUCCCGGAUUACCAAUUAUAUUUUGUAUACCCAUACGAAACUCCUACCGGAGGUUGGAUAAUCGUUUCCCCAAAUUUUAGGGGUGUCCCGCCCGGGACACCCUACAGGCCCAUGUAUCCGCCCCUGCCCAUCCCCAUCCCCCCGGGUUUCUGAUACCCAAGGGUAAUCCCCGCCUCGUACAUCUGAUUAUGAUUAUAACUAAAUUAACGCACUUGAAUCCAAUAAAACAUAUAACUAUUGGAUUGAAACAUCAAACCUAAUCAUUAAUGAAUCUAAUAAAGAACCACUAGUAAUCUUAAUUAGAUCAUCCAACUCCUACGAAGUUUCAUAAACAAAGUACUAAUAAAUAAUCCAACACCAAAUUAUUCAUCUCCAAGGAACAUAAAAAUUGCCACAUACAACUCCUACGUUACAGUAGUUAUAUUUUAUAAUAUAUGACAUAAGUAAUGAUGAGGUGGAUAUGGUUAUGGGUAUGGGUAUGGGGCGAAGACACUCAAAUCCAUCCCCGCCCUAUACCCACAAGCUUCUUUGCGGGUAUUACCCAUAUCCGUCCCAUACCCAGUUAAUGCGGGGAUUCUCCUCGUUGACCUAAUUGGUUAGGGUCGAAUACCCGCGGUUACGGCUAUAAAUGCCAUCACUACCCCUAAUCCAUAACAUUUUUUAUAUGGUGUAUGAUUUGUAGGUUUAAUGUCACGAUUGAAAUCUUGAUGACAUGAUGAGAAUUUGAAGUGCGGAUUCCUAAUAAAAACUAACCUAGUUUGGGUGUAAAAUAUUUGUUAAUGGGGUUUUUUUAGAGUUCAGAGACAAGGAGAAAGGGGGGAAAUGAUUAUAUCUCAAUUUUUUGUCCUGAGUAAUCUUUGAUCGAUGGACCGGAGGAUGAAAGAUGAUUGAUAAGAGUGUCCACUUUUUAGUGUUUUGAAAAUUAAAUAACAAUAGAUUGUAGCAUAUAUAUAAUUACUAAGUGAGGGCGGACUAGAGAUUGUAGCAUAUAUAUAAUUAAUCACUAGUUAUUUAGCUCGCGCUAUGCAGUGGAUUAUUUUAUAUGAUGUAUUUUUGUUAGUAAAAAUUAAAUAUCAUAAUACAUUAUAAUUUCUUUACUUUAAUUUUUUUAAAUCUUUUUAUCAAAUCAUGUGGAGUCUUUUUGCAACUAAAACCUUGAUAUAGACAGUAAGAUCUGACUAUGUUACUUAUGAUCUUAGAAUGGCCAAAAUUAUCCAAUCUAACCAUAGAAUUUGUAAUUGAUUUAAGACAUUUGACACGUUAUUCCACUCGGUACGAAAAAGGCCAACUUAGUGCAGCCGGAUCAUCCUUUUCCUCACCUGCUAACUUAGCUAGUCGAACUCGAAGUGUUCACUUUUCAUAGGGCAUGUUUCCUGAUUCACUUGCCGAGGAUCCUUUGGGAGUUAUGGGUGGUCGGCUAGUGAAUAUCUUGUUCCCCAAUGCUCGACAGCUAGGCUUAAACACUUCAAUGAGAGCUGAUGCUUCCCCGUAGCAAAAGCUUCUGAUUUGAUGAAUUGGAGCCUUAUUCCCUUUGUUUUCGGCCUAGUUGAUUGAAAGGACACCACAUCAGGAAUAGCUCGACAGUCGCAUAUCCGUUGCUGGAGUUCAUUUUACUCAUAAAAUUUGUCUAUAUUUUCAAUAACUUCAUAUCCACUCCUUUCGAAAAAGAAUAAUAAUUUUAUAAAUACAGGUAUCAAAAGUCAUUGAAUGUUAACCCUACACUGACACAAUAAAAAUUGACUGGACUUUUUCUAGCUUGCAUCCAACUCAAAAUUAGCCACCCUAUAUGGUCCGCGAUUAACAUAAGCAGGCAUUUCGUAUGAUACAUUGUUCAUUCUAUACUUUUAGAGAUUGGCCUUCAAACAUCUAGAAAGUUUGACUUCUAAAUAUAUUUUUUUCUCAGUAAUUGUUGUGUUCUCAUAUUUAGUUCAUGCUUGUUUAAUCAAGUUUUUCGAAAAAAUACAACUGUUCAAAGACAGUACAGCAGCGACAUCAUGCUACUCAAAUUCUCUCCUACCUUCUGAUCAUAGUAUCACAAACAAACUUCUAAAAAUGGCUCUCAAAUUGAGGACAUAUUUCUGCAUCAGCUAUCUUCAUCAUUUAUAAAUGCAACUGCUUCAUGAGUUAAAUGCCAGAUACAGUAACAGAAAACUCGCCUCAGACAACAUAUAAACUAAAGAAUAAGAAACUAUUUGACUAAUUCACUAUUGCAAUAACAACGGUGAGACCGAAUGAGAGCAUGCACUCUUCUAUAAUGCGGUUAACAUAAUUUUGCUCUACUCUGCACAAACUUCUUUCUGGUACGUAGCAGUAAGCCAAGAACCAUAAUAAGCAUGUUCCAUCUCUAACAAUUUGCCAUCUGAAUGGCUCGGCAUUGGCACCCUAUUAUUUAUAAGAUACAUUGGGGAAAGAAACAAUAACUAAUAAACAAAGAAGGUUUACUAAACUUUGAUGGGAUACAAUCUUUGCAGAUAGUCCAUAUGCAAGUACGUUCCAGAAAAAGUCCAUAUGCAUGUCAGCAGAUGACUUAUCGCUUUAGAGAACAGCGAAGUCAAAUGGGAGAAUGGAAUUUGAACCCCUCUGCUUUGGUCUCAAACCACAUUCUCUGCUUUAGGCUGCUUUCCUAAGUAGGCUUGAAAUCAGGAAAGCGGUGGAGAUAUAGCAGCAGAAGCAUAUAAGUUCAUAAGCUAUAUCUCUUCUUUAGCCAUCGAAUUGAAACUAAGGACUACUCUUAACCCAACUUUUCACGCUUGGAAAAGUGAAAACACCAUGUAUUGACUGAAAAUGCAUUAACUAAUAAUAACAUCAAAUUCGUUAACUUAACCAAACUCGUGGAGAACGUACCGCAAUGAAUUCAACCAUGAAAAGGGGAAGCUAAAAGAGUAAUACGGGAAAGCUAUCAACUCUCAUCCAAGGUAUGCUAAACCGAAGUUUUUCAUUGUGGUUAGACUAUUGGUAAAGAUCGAUUGACAUUGUAUUUUCCAACUCAAGAACCAGCUUUAGUCGAUAUUUCAAUCUAACUGGCAGACUUGGAAUUACAGAAAGAAGUCUAUGUGGAAGUAUAAAACAAAGUGAAACAACAUGAAUUCUCGCUACAGAAAACUGAAGUAUAAUCCAUUGGUUUGGGAGAACUAAAGUAAUCAAGGAAAGAAAAGUAAAGAUAUCAAAGUUUUCAUAAGCUAAAAUAUAUAAGAUUAGAUGAAAUGCAGAGUCACUCUUGCUCAAUUCUGCUACUGGGUAUCUAUUACACAAAAACCAAAAAUUCACCAAUAAAAAACCGUCGGUUUUCAUUACCCCUAUAGUUCUGCUAGUAUGAAUUAUUUGUACACAGAGAAUAGAAAAUGAAAGUGGCAACUUUCAGAAUACCUAUAAUACAUAAUGGGUAAAUGCUAGAUCUCUAGGAAUCAAUUGAGUCAUUAACGUAUAGGACUAAAGCUCUAGGAUUCAAUUAUCUAAGUCCAUAAGUAGACACUAAUGUUGGUUGGGUUCCGAUGCAAAAAUCAACGCUGCGAAAAAGCAACUCUUAAAAUUUACCACCCACACUAUAAUCUGAAAACCCACUCGGAUUCCAUUCCAUCAACCAAAAAGAAUCAAACAGGGCAAGAUAGAUUGGAGCAUCAAUGUGCUAUUCGAUCUGAUCAAGCUCAUGGGUAAAUAGAAGUAUAGAACUGAUCAGGCUCAUGUGUAAAUUGAAGCAUCAAUGUACCAAGAUUGAUGUUUUCCCCUCAACUUCGGCAAGAUAAAUUGGAUCAUCAAUGUGCUAUUUGAUCUGAUCAAAUAAAAAGAACCAAACAAAUCUCUUGUUCCUAAUUAUCUUAAAUGGUAAAUAAGUAGUUAAUCAUGAACUACAAACCCUGAUAUGAGGCACUGGAAAGUGGGAACCACAAUGUGCUACGACAACAUCUAACUCAAACUAAACUACCAAUCACCCGAGACAAAAAUCAAUUAUCAAGUCAUCA